AUGGGGACGCACGCCAAUCCUUCAGACACGGAGGAUGAAGGGCGCCUCACGUCAGCAGAAUCCCGGGCCGGUGGGGUGAAGCGCAGGAACCCCUUCGCAAACAUAGAUAACACGUACACCAGCCCCAGAAAGAAGACCACCUCGGAGUGCGUCAGCAAGGCCGUGCCCGGGAGUAGCAGCGUGGAGCCGGAGGGUGAGAACGCCAAGUCGCGGAUUCUCAGCCAGAAUCCAAACCGAACGGAACCGGAGGAGCUGGACCCGUUCAACGUCAGGGAAGCCUACUCUUUCCCAGAGGACGAGUCCCUCUUCGAAGUGGAUUUUCUCUCCCACGCACAAACUGCUCCUUCCGUUAUCGCUGUGCAAGCCCCCGAGUCACGACCCCAGUCCUGCAGGAGCUUCCCUCAGGUUGCAGAGUUCCCGGCUGAUUGGAGUCUGAAGACACGCCUGCUGUUCACCUCUCAGCUGCCCUUCACCUGGGCAGAGCACCUGAAGGAGCAGGAGGAGGCUCAGGGGCUGAGGCAGCACUGCAGGGCAGCCGUCAGCACCCUGCCACACAGCAUACCGGAGCCUCAGAGCAGCUUGGAGCUUCACUGUGCCUUCCAGUGGAGCUUGGUGUACUGGCAGCAGCCCUCCCUGCCCUGGCUGCAGCUCUUCCCUCGCAUCGGCAUGGAGCGCAGGCUGGCCGGAAAGUGCGCCCCCUGUGCUCAGGACGAGGUGCUGCAGCAGCUGCUCAUGAGCGAGUGGUCUGUGAGCUUCACCUCCCUGCACAACCUCCUGCGGACUCGACUCUGCCCCUAUUUCUACCUGAGCACCUACCAGUUCACUGUGCUGUUAAGAGCGACGGGGCUGGCAGGGAGUGAGGGCAUCACUGCCCUCAUCUCCCCCACAACCCGGGGUCUCCGAGAAGCCAAGAAGAUGGAGGUGCUGGUGAAAGGGACCAACUCCUUCACUCUGCUCAACUUCCUCAUCAACUGUAAGAGCGUGGUGGCAGCGGCCGGAGCACAGGCAGGGCUGCCCCCCACCCUGCUGGCUCCUGCUGCCUUCAGAGGAGCCACCAUGCAGACCCUCAAGGCACGCAGUUCUAAUGUGAAGAUGCAGAUGCAGACUGGCUACAGGGACCAGUUCAGUUUGGAGAUCAGAGGCCUGGUCAUGCCUCACUCCCUGCACAAUCUGACACUGCUGCUGAAAUAAGCCCAGCAAGGAGCCUUCUCCAUAGGGCUCUACACUCAGCAGCAGCUGGUAGAGCCAGCCAUGCUGGGGAAGUCUGCUCUGAGACAGCUUGACAUGUACACCUGGAAAUCCUGA